CACAACACAACCACCAAUAUUCCUAUAUCUUUAGGGAAGCAGUCACAAAUAAACUUUCCAUUCAUAGACAAUCCAAAGAAAAAAUGGAAGAUGAUGACAGCAAAAAACAGCGGGUAUGGUAUUUGUCCGAUGGUAAUCCAACACAGGAGGAAAGGAUUAAAGAAUAUGAUAAUUUCUGUACUACAUAUGAACAGGUAUUUGGAGAAGAGGGUUGGCAAAGUCCGUAUAUUUGUGCAGAAACAGUAGGAACAUAUAUAACUGACAACCGAGACAGAGUGGAAAUACUUGAUCUAGGAGUUGGAACUGGUCUGGUUGGAAAACGCCUGCAUGAGCUUGGAUUCCGUAUUUUUGAUGGAAUUGAUCCGUCACAGGGCAUGCUGACCUUGGCAAAACAGAAACAGAUAUAUCGCAACCUUUACUGUAAAUUCUUUACAUCAGAACCUACAAAAAUUAAAGAAGGUUCGUACGACGCCAUUUGUAUAUCUGGUGCUUUUGGAAAAGGUGACAUUCCGGAAGACUCAGUGUACGAAAUGAUAAGACUUGGAAAACCAGGUUGUAUUCUUUGUUUUGUUGGAAGAACAGUAGCAUUUGAAUUAUUAUUGCCAUUAUUAGAAACAUUGGAAAAAAAUAAACAACUGAAGAAAGAGGAAAUUACAGAAACACAGAAAUAUAGAAAAGAUACUCCAGCUCUCAUUAUUGUGUACAGAAUCAUAAAAGACUAAUUGCGCAUUUUCUUCUUUAUGUCACUCUUUCAUUCUGAUUCAAGCUGACACAGCUUUAAGGUCAAAUGACUGGUUUCCGUCAUUUAGCUUCCGUCUUCGUCUGUUAACGUUUACUUUUACAAAAACAUACUAUGUAAAAAUAAACUAAAUUUAACUGCCCAUAUUAAUUACUUGGCAAUUUGGAUUAUCUCCCUUGACAAACAAUGUGACCGAUAUGACUAAAGAUAAAAAAAAAUAAGGGUUACAUACAGGUUGUGUUAUUAUCUUGACAAAGGCUCUAGAGAAAAAAGAAAGGGAAGUAAUAGUUACGAUGUAUAUAUCCUCUUAUUGUUCAUUUACAAUUAUUCUCUUAUACGACUACUUACGUUAGAAAAUUUGCAUUGUAAUGACGUUUAAACCUAUUUCGUGUUUAUUUGUACAUAUUAUCAUUAUGAAACUGUAAUAUAUAGAGAUGAAUUGUUAUAGCAUUUAUGACCAGAAAGGAAAAUGAUCAGCAAGUUUCUUAUACAACCAUGAUAGACGAUUUUAAUAAAAGAAAUAUGCA